AUGAGCAACUUUGAGCCCACGCGUCACGGUUUGAGUAGUUCCUUCCGUUUGAGCAGCUACGGCAAACUAAAUGGAUCUGGCUGCAAAGUACCAGAAAGCGUGGUUACGCAGUUAUUUGAUAGCACCGGUAGCGCCGCCCCUGUCGCAGCCAACACAGGCCGUCGGCAGGAAACGCUUUUGGAGGAGCUGCUGCGUCGAAUGUACAUCAAUACCCGCCCUCCAGGUGCGGGAGUGCACCAUCACUUGACCAUCGAGUUCCGGUAUCCUAUCAUCGACGAUCCCUACGCCAUGGGGAUGAUCAUCUGCGCCGAAGCGGUUGGCGAUUUCUACGCCAUGGGCAUCACUGAGUGUGAGGACAUGAUGUUGCUAAUCUGCUUUUCACCUCGGAUGACCGCGAGCGAGAUCAAUGUAGUAGUGCCGCUGAUGGAGAAAGGCUUUGAAGAAUGCUUCCACGGGACCACGGGCCCGGCAAUGAGUUGGUCCGGGCACAUGUAUAGUAACUGGUUCAUGGCUGGCGGUUUGGCCUCUGCCUACUGGUCGAAGCGUCAUCAGCUGGAGCGCUGCAACGCUGUGGAUGGCGAUGUCCUUGUGCUGACCAAGCCCCUUGGCACCCAGGUGGUCAUCGAUGCCUUUGGUUGUAUCGGUCAGCCGGAACGCUGGGAGCGCUACAAGCAGCUGGUCUCCGAGAAGGAUGUCCGUGCAGCCUAUCAGCAGGCCGUUAAGUCGAUGUGUCACCCCAAUCGCACGGCGAGUCGUCUCAUGCAUCUGCACCAGGCCCAUGGGGCCAUCGCCGUGUCCGGGAAGGGUCUUCUAGCCCAUGCCAAGGCGCUGGCUCUGGUCCAAAAGCAGCCAGUGUCGUUUGUCAUUCACACUCUGCCGGUGUUCGACAAGAUGGCAGCCGUCUGUGGCCGCAACAGCCGCCUGCGUCGGGGUCUCUCUGCUGAGACUUCGGGUGGUCUGCUCAUCUGCAUGCCACGUGUGGAGGCCGUUUUCUUUUGCAAGUUCCUCGUGGCUGAGGAUGACCACCCUGCCUGGAUUAUCGGCACUGUCCAGAGCGGCAACCGCGAAGCCACCAUCAACAAGAAUGUUGAAAUCAUCGAAAUACCAUCGAAAAUACGUAUUUAA